AUGCUGCAGGUGGGGAAUGGCGGCAUGAGGGAGUCGGAGUAUCGUGUGCACUUCAGCCUCUGGGCCAUCAUGAAGGUGCGAUGGGCCAUCAUGAAGGUGCGAUGGGCCAUCAUGAAGGUGCGAUGGGCCAUCAUGAAGGUGCGAUGGGCCAUCAUGAAGGUGCGAUGGGCCAUCAUGAAGGUGAGAUGGGCCAUCAUGAAGGUGCGAUGGGCCAUCAUGAAGGUGCGAUGGGCCAUCAUGAAGGUGCGAUGGGCCAUCAUGAAGGUGAGAUGGGCCAUCAUGAAGGUGCUAUGGGCCAUCAUGAAGGUGCGAUGGGCCAUCAUGAAGGUGAGAUGGACCAUCAUGAAGGUGGGAUGGGCCAUCAUGAAGGUGAGAUGGGCCAUCAUGAAGGUGCGAUGGGCCAUCAUGAAGGUGCGAUGGGCCAUCAUGAAGGUGAGGCAAGGGCAUCAUGAAGGCGCCUCUCCUGAUUGGCUGCGAUCUCUCUGCUGCCUGUAUGAGACGAUGAGCAUUCUGAGCAACAAAGAAGUGAUUGCUGUCAACCAGGAUUCACUGGGAGUGCAGGCACGGAAGGUGCAACUCUCCCAUAACUCCUUGGUGGAGGUCUGGGCCGGACCUCUAUCCGAGGGUCGGCAAGUAGUGGCUUUGGUGAAUCGUGGUGCUAGGAGCGAGAAUGUGACCGUCGGCUGGAAAACAGUAGGGCUGAAUGCGGUGCAGCAAAUGUAUGCGCGAGACCUCUGGGAGAAAUCCACCUUGAAUUCUCUCUUCUCUGGGGAGCUGAGUGCUCGUGUUGCGAGCCAUGACGUGCAACUGUUUGUUCUCAAGCCUGUACCAGAUGUCUGA